AGAAAUUAUUAUAUAUAUUGUACCGAAAACAUGUAUCUCAUUAAAAAAUUAGCAAUAAUUAAUUUACUAUAUGCUAGUACAUAUACAAUCUUCGGUGGUCAAUGACUCCGCAUGGAUUGUUGAAGUCGGCUUGGGUAUAAUUUCUAACUCCAAAGGAGAAAAGGAUUUGCCGGCAACCGUCAUUGUAUCAUACAUUUACAUCAUCCCCACUAUAUAUAAAAAAGCCCCACACCUCCCAUUCGUUGCUAUUUCAUUGUUUCCAAUCAAUAUUCUCAAAAAAAGAAGAAGAAGAAAUCUUGGUUUAGAUGAUUGAUACCAUGCAUUCAGCAUCGAAAAUCAGUUGGUUUGUGAGAAGAAUAGGGCGAAGCAAGUCCAAGAAGUACUACAGGCGGCUGGAGGAGGAGGGUGAGGUUGGGAAAGCAGCCCCACUUGAAGCUCGAGAAGGUUACGUAGCCAUGUACGUGGGCGAGGAGGCGAAGAGGUACGAAGUCCCGAUCAAGUAUCUUUCUCUUCCAACGUUCAAGGAACUGCUGAUGCAAUCGCAAGAAGACUAUCUUGAUGCCAAGAUCGGUGGACCGAUCCUUAUUUCAUGCACCAUUGAGAACUUCGAUCAACUGUUGAAGAAUGCCAAGCACUUGCAGUUGGAUCCAAGAUGUUCUUCGAGUUCGGUUGACUAAAGUUUAACGGAUGCAAACCACAACAACAAGAGACCAAAGACGAUUUUCUUUCUUUCUUUUCUAUUUGCUGAUUAGA